GUGGUUGACUGAAUUUCAGGUUAAGGUUAAGUCACCGUCUCUCCAAUCCUAAUCGAAAGUAGUUUGACGUUUAGGAAUACAAUGUUUUUCCAAAAAAAUUGGUUUUCUUGUUAAAUAAGUCUAGGCCUGACAUAGAACAAUGUCCAAAAAGGAUAACACUUCCGAAGUUUCCAUAAGUAUCGAUUAUGAUGAUCCUGCUUAUAGAAUAUCUCCAUUACAACAGGCAGCAGCCUCAUGUACAGGAGCCCUGAUUACUUCGUUAUUCGUGACCCCAUUAGAUGUUGUAAAAAUCCGAUUGCAGUCCCAACAAAAGAUAGCACAAAGCCAGUCAAAAUGUUUUUUGUAUUGUAAUGGUUUAAUGGAUCAUUUUUGUAGCUGCAGUCCAGAUGAUCCUAAUAGUAGAUGGUUGCAACGACCUGGACAUUUUAAUGGAACAAUUGAUGCUUUUAUCAAAAUUAGCAGGACAGAAGGCAUUUCUUCACUAUGGAGUGGUUUAAGUCCCACACUAGUUUUAGCAGUACCUGCCACUAUAGUAUAUUUUGUGACUUAUGAACAAUUAAAGAAUCAUCUCAAAGAUGACCAUAGGGAUAAAUUGUUAAAAAUAGGCCAAAUACCAAGUAAGCAAACGCCACUGUGGAUACCUUUACUAUCUGGCGCAUUCGCUAGAGUAAUAUCAGUGUCACUAGUAAGCCCUUUGGAAUUGUUUAGGACCAAAAUGCAAUCACAGAAGCUUAGUUAUUACGAGAUGAAUCUUGCUGUAAAAACAUUGAUAAAACAAGAUGGGCUUCGAGGGCUUUGGAAGGGAAUAUUCCCAACGUUAUACAGAGAUGUGCCUUUUUCAGCCAUUUAUUGGAUGAAUUAUGAAAGUAUCAAAUCUCUAAUGGGUGUAACAGAUAGUCAACCCUCAUUUUGGAUAAGUUUUUUUUCCGGAGCAAUUUCUGGAUCUAUAGCGGCAUCUAUAACAACACCUUUUGACGUUGUAAAGACACAUCAACAGAUUGAAUUUGGGGAAAAAAAUCUAUAUGCAGCUGGAAACAAAGUAAAGGCGAAUAGGUCUACUAUAGAGGUGAUAAGGGAAAUCCGAGCGGAGCAUGGGACUAGGGGAUUGUUCGCCGGUUUAGCACCAAGAUUAAUCAAAGUUGCCCCUGCCUGUGCUAUUAUGAUCUCCACAUUUGAAUAUGGUAAAGUGUUCUUCAGUAAAUGGACAAAUCAACCCAUGGACCAACUGGAACCUGAUAUUAGUUCAACACCUAGUUUCGUAUCUAAGGAUGACAGGAAAUCGGUGAUGCUAGGCAAUAAAAUUGGAAUGUAAUUUAAGUUAGGCUAUUGCUCCUCAUAGGCAGUAGUGGAAUUUUAAAAUUAAUUGGUUUUUAAAGGAUUUAGUAAAUCAAACUGUGAUAAAACG